AAACUUUGAGAGAGAAGCGCACGUGACGCCUCGACUUAAAGUCUGGGAUGAGUUUAAUGAAGACUUUGGAUUUAGACAUCUCUACUAAAGCAUGCCCAAUCACCUACAAUAUGUGGUUUUCUCGGUAUUGAUCUGGCUUCUCAAACCCAUGGGGGCGUUUCCAUGGUCUGGCCUUGAUGUGGUUGGCAGGAGGACACAGCGAGACAUCAACUGCAGCGACAACCUGGAGUACCUGAACGGCAAAAUCUGCUGUUUAAACUGUCCAGCUGGCACACGCAUGAUAUCGGCCUGCACCACAGCCAGAGAGAAGGGCCAGUGUGAGGAAUGCGACGAUGGAACAUACACGGAGCAUACCAACAGUUUGAAGCACUGUUUCAAGUGCACACAGUGUCGCUCAGAUCAGGAAAUUGUAAGGCCAUGUACUCACACUCACAAUGCUGAAUGUCAGUGCAAAUUGGGAGGAUUUUGUGCUCCUGACCAAGCAUGUGAGGUGUGCAAGAAGUGUUCAAGGUGUGAAAAGGAUGAAGAGCUCGUGAGGAACUGCACCCCUACUUCCAACACGGAGUGCAAGAAAAUCCAGCCCAAAUCUGGCUCUUCUUCCGCAAACGCCUCAGUGAUUGUACCACUUGUGCUGUUGGCUGUUGUGGCCAUUGGGGUAACUCCCGUGUGCGUGUGGAGAUAUCGUAGAGCAACAGAUUCUCAGAGAAGUCAACCUGGCAGGGUGAAAGUUGGACAGCAGCACAGUGACAACUGUCCCACUGAGGAAGUGAGGAGUGGAGAACCACGAAGGCUGAGCUGCUCAGGUCUGAUCCUGUCCCGGCAACUGGUGAGAGCCAAAUCCUCCGCUCAUACGGAGGAUGAGCGUAAAGUGCUGUGUGAAAGCCUCAACAGCUCAGCCAGUAACUCCCAGCACAGCCUAACCGGCCUGCCCUCCUGUGCCUUCCCCGCAUCUCCCCCCCGAGCCAGCCCCAUGGUCCCCAGACAGCCCGACAUGAGGGAAGAUGAGCAACUUCCCAAGCUUGUUCCUGUGAAUGGUGAGGAGUCUCUGAGGAAAUGUUUUGAGUAUUUUGAAGAAAUCGACGUUGACUACCACAAGAGAUUCUUCCGUCACCUUGGUAUUAGCGACAAUGUGAUCAAAAGCAAAGAGCACCUUCUGUAUGAAGACAGGAUCCAUGAACUUCUAAAUAUUUGGGUGGAGAAAGAGGGCAGAGAAGCCAGCUUAAAUGACCUGCUGAAAGCACUGCUUGAUUUGAAUCAAAGGCGAACAGCUGAGAAUGUCAAAGAGAACGCUAUUCACUACGGUCAUUACUUCUGCGAGGAAAAAUGAGAGGUGAAUUGUUGUCAGGAAACCCUGCUGAAUAUAUGUAUUCUUUGAAUACCACAUAUGCUGUGAGUCCUUGUAGCUGAAAGCUUUUGUUCCAUCCAAUACUGGUUGGACAAGCAUCGCAUAAGGCUGCUGCCCAUAGAGGUCUUUCACAAGAAAAGUGAAAAAAGUUCUCGUAACAGAAAGCAUGAGUACGAUAGUCUCAUGAAAAUCACACAUGGUGUCAGGUCCUAGGUGCUUCGUGCAAGCUUCUGCGUCCUCAACAUGGUUUGGAGUAGCAGUGCACAAGGCCUCCUAUAAUGGGCUUUUGUCAAGAAAAAAAACCUCGCCUGUACACUCAUAAAGUAGCUGUUGCUGCUGCAGUAAAAGCUUUUUAUGGUACUGAACAGCUGAUGGGGAAAUGUUAGGUGUUGUUUCGACAAAGAUGUCUGCUUGACCUUACACACAACCAAGACAACAUUGUUUCUGUCUGACUGAAAGUGAUUUAUUUCAUUCAGCUCCACAUGGACUGUUGAGAGUAAAGUAUUUGAUUACAAAGUGCUUGCUGUCUUGUAAUCCACAUAUACAAUGAUUGUUUUUUUUACUGAAAAGAAAAAUGAACUAACAUCCCAAGACGGGUUGAUUGUUUCACAUAGUGAAGGUUGUCAGACCUUAUCGACCGUUUCGCUCCUCAUGAUGUGUUUUAUUUAUUCAGUGGGAGACACAGUUAAACUGUUGCCACCGUGGCACAAGUAUUUAAAGUUAUUAUGGUGGAGAGCUGUCGUGUUGGAUUUUAUUUCAAUAAUACGUGCUCUGCCUGACCAUGUUGUACACUUUGAGUUCAUGGCUCAGAUUGCCUGUUGGUUGACUUGCUGAUCAAAAUGAAUUAAUGUGUCUUAUCGCUUGUCUGCGUUGUGCUUCUGGUUUAUUGUUACACUUCUGUCAUAAUCCUGAGCACAACACUGACCGCUUCAAGGUUUUAUAAAACUACAGAAGGUUCUACACUUCAGUGCCUUGAUAGGAUAAUUGCAAUGUUACCCUUUUUUCUUUUCUUUUUUAAUGUUUCGUUAACAGUUUAGCCUGUUGCUUUGUGUUUACUUCCAGGCCCAGUUGUGUUUGAAAUGCUUUGUUAUAUUAAGUUUUUUUUAAACUGAUUUUUACAGACCUACUCAAGGGUUUUUACUGAAUUAUUACAGCUUGAUAGGCUCUGAAAAUCCUCAGAAUUAGGCUUCUGAGCAAAAGCUGGGCUUGAGAAAAUGAACAAAAAUAUGUGAAUGUGAACAAGUGGAGAAAAUAAUAAACUCUUUUUUUCACACA